GGUUACCCACAGGGCACUAGGAAAAGCGGGGCCGAGCCGUUGGGUAAACAACUUUUUUUUCACUCGUUUCCGUACUUCAAGGAUGCAUCACGGCAAGCAUUUUCGACGCCUGAACCGUACAUCAUCGCAUCGCAAUGCGAUGCUGCGGAAUAUGGUUUCUUCACUUAUCGAGCACGGCCGUAUCGAAACCACAGUACCCAAGGCCAAAGAAUUAAAACCCAUCGCCGAUGCCAUGAUCACACUCGGCAAGAAGGGCGAUGUCAACGCCAAACGACAAGCCAUCGCUUAUCUCAAUACUCGUGAUGUGACCAUUCCUAAAUUAUUUGACGAACUGGCUCCUCGUUUCGCCAAUCGUCAAGGUGGUUAUACCCGUAUUCAGCGCAUGGGCAACCGAUAUGGCGAUAACGCUCCUAUGGCAGUAAUCGAAUAUAUCGACGGACCAACGGAUUUGAAAAAGGAAAUGGUUACCAAAACACUGGCUCGCAUCUUUUCCGAAAAAGAAAAAGUCACCGUCAAGGAGAUCUUGGAAGGAAGCCAUGUCGAAUCGCUCGGUUUGUCCAAGUCACUUGUGCGUGAUUUGAAAAAAGUCCAGUUUUCUAACAGCAUUGAAGCCAUUGAUCAGGCUAUUGAAAAGGAAAUGGCCUCUCGUGUAUAAUAGACCUCUCUUUUUAUUUUUUCCCAAGCUCAUAAACUCUAUCAAU